AUGAUCGCAGCAGCAGCGCAGCGUCUUCGCGCGAGGUCUAUGCACACACUUCGGGCCUACGACAAGAGCGAGCACCGCCUUCUGGUCGUCGGCGGAAGCGGCUUUGUGGGUAGCAACAUCCUGCAGCGCGCAGUGCAAAAGGGCAUUGAAGUCCGCAGCCUCAACCGCUCGGGCAAACCGCAGUGGCAGGACGUCCCGUGGAUCGAUCAAGUGGACUGGCGAUCGGGCAGUGUGUUCAAUGAAGAGCAUCUCCUGGAGGCGGUCGAAGGCGUAACAGGCGUUAUCUCGACGGUAGGUGCGUUUGGCAGCCAGGAGUUCAUGGAGAAAAUGUGCGGAGACGCGACGAUUGCGGUGGCGCACGCGGCGCAGAAAGCAGGUGUGGAACGGUUCGUCUUCGUGUCGAACUCUCGAGUCGGCUCGUGUUACCCGUCGUGGCUGCCGCUGUAUGGCUAUUACCAUGGCAAAGAGCGAGCCGAAGCUGCCGUGCAAGAGAGCUUCCCAAGCACAGGUGUCGUGCUGCGUCCAGGCUUCAUCUAUGGCUGGCGUCGUACGGCGAAGGGACAAGGGAUUCCACUCCAGCUUGUCGGCGCACCUAUCUCGAUGCUGGCACGUAACCUUGGUGCAGUUUCGACUGCAUUGGGCUACGUGCCCUUCGUCGGUGAGGAGAUGCAAGCUGCUGUUCCUGUUGAUGCGGUUGCCAAGGCGGCAGUGCUCAGUGCUAUCGGUCCCGUUCACGCACAAACGCUAGACACGACCAAGAUGCUCGAGGUUGCUGCCUCUUUCCAUGUCCAUGAGUGA